GGUCAGGCCAGGCCGGAUGGGCGCGCCUGCGCAUGCGCGCCGCGGAGCGAAACGGAGGCGGGAUGGCGGCCCCAGCGCUGCCGACCCCGCGGUACGAUCACGUGGGGCCGGACGGGCCCUUCGGCGAUGUGUACGAGCCGGCCGAGGACACCUUCCUGCUGCUGGAUGCCUUGGAGCAGGACGCGGAUCGGCUGCGGGAGGCUCGAGUUGAGAUCUGCCUUGAAAUAGGAUGUGGAUCUGGUGUGGUUUCAACUUUUCUAGCUUCUUCCAUUAUUGGAUCCAGUGCACUGUACAUAUGUACAGAUAUCAACCCGGUGGCAGCUUACUGUACACUGGAGACAGCUCUGCUUAACAACGUUCACCUUCAGCCAGUCAUUACUGACCUGGUGGAAAGCCAUGGUAUAGAGGCAUCCUGGGCUGGCGGUAAAAAGGGCAGAGAAGUAAUGGAUAGAGUUUUUCCAUUAGUACCAGACCUACUUUCAGCAGGAGGAUUAUUCUACUUGGUCACAAUUAAAGAAAAUCAUCCAGAUGAAAUUCUGGAAACAAUGAAGAAAUGUGGCUUAGAAGGCACACGGGUACUUUCCAGGCAAGCAGGACAAGAGAUGCUUACUAUCCUCAAAUUCAAGAAGUCUUGAUAACUGUUCUUAACCUUCCAGAUACUAGCCACGGAGAAAGUUGAACACAGAGUUGUCAAAUGAAUUGUUAAUCCAGGAUUUUCACCCUCUUAAGGUGUAUCCUCUGAUCAAGACUCUGUAUUUAUUUUUAUUCUGGAUGUUAACCCGCUGUUACCUGCUGUCAGAGGUGCUGUUGUCCUCUGACUAUCCACAGGACUGUUGAGGGGGAACUGUGAAAUGCCACACCUUGUUGCAUUCGCACUUAAGCACUGAAGACUUUUUCUUCUAUAAACAGGUAUUUGUAUAUUUUUUUUCAUUGUGGCUUAUUAAAAUGAGGUACUUGAUAUAAUUCAUCUGUUUUAAGAGAUAGUCUAUACCUGUACAGAGUUUAAAUGAAUAUUUGGAAGCAGUGUUACCAUUUGAGGUAUUUUUACCACAAUGGAAUGAGCAGCUGCUUUUGACUGAUACAGGUCAAAAGUCAACUUACAGUGCUCUGGCAUAAAAGUUGUUCCUUAUACCAUUCUGAAGAAGACACAAAAAGGACUGGAUAAUAGGGAGCGUGCAGUCUGACAUAUCCUAAGAGUCACCAUUCCCCAGCUUAGAAGACUACUGAAGAGCAACACUGCAAUUCAACAACUCAAACACAGCUAAUACAUCCCUUUGAGUAACUUUUCUGUCAAAUUGUUUUUAUAAACAUAAGCAUGAAUGUGAACACAAACACGCAGCAGGAGGAUUUAGCGGGAAGACUCAGUCAGUGUUGAGGAUGCUACUCAACAUUGAUGCUAUAGACAAGAAAUUCUAGUACUUAAAACUACUGAGUCUAAAAAAAUGUGUUUGACCAAAGUGAGGCAAGACUCAGGACUUUGUUGAUUCUUCCCUUUGGAAUAACUGCUCCCCCAGACCCCUGGGCACUGCUCUGUCAGCAAGUACCAGUGUCAAAAGACAUGCUUGCUGCUGCUUCGCAAGUGCCCACACUUCUUUGUUUUAGCAGAACCAAGAUGAGCUCUCCACAACUGUGUUCCAAGUAGACAGUUUGCAAGUUAGUGCCUGGUGGAAGAGUUUAAGAUGUCUCCUUACAAUUAAUACCUGGUUAACCACAACUAGUCUUCAAAUCAGUUACUGAACUUGCAAAUAAAUCGCUUAGAACAACCA